AUGGAUGAUCCUAGUUGCUCGAUGGAGAUUAGCACGGAAGUCACCACCACUACUUCGAAAAUCUCUUUUGGAUUGAAGAGAAAAGAGGAAGUGAAAAUAACCGUUGUCUCCAAGGAGAUAAUCAAUGGUGAGAAACAAAAUUUGUUACUUUUCUAGUGGUUUUAUUAUGAAAAAUUGCAGUAGCUUCGGACAGCGAAGAAGAACGAGAAAAGGAAGAGCAGGAGCGACAGGCCAAGCGUAGAAAGCUUACACAUUUCGACAGCGAAACCGCCUUGUCAGUUUUACCUUCAUUUUUGAAUUUAUAGAAAAAAUAUGUUUAAGGGACGACGAUGAUCCGAAAAAGAAGAACUUUGUGAUCCCUAUAGUGGUCGAGAACGAUUGGCGUGUCGCGAAGUUGCUGGAAAAACAGAAAGAAGGAACUCUUACGGAGGAAGAAGAGGCAAAAAUUGCCCUUCUCACACAGUCCCAUGAAACCAGCGACGAGGUUCGGGUUUCAAACAGUUUAUUUUUUGAAAUAUUUUUUUGUAGCAUGCAACUGAAAAUGACGGAAAAGUAAUUGUGAGUUCUGAAUCGAAGGAAGAUGCUCCUGAUGCCGAUUAUUCAGUGGUAUCUAAAGCUAUCUUUAAACUUUUCCGAUUAAAUAUAAUUAAGGUCCCUAUUGAAAGCUUUGGCCUGGCUAUUUUACGAGGUUGUAAUUGGAAGGACGGCGAAGGGAUCGGCAAAAAUCCACAGGUUUUUUUUCAUUUCUUCUUAAAAUAAGGCAUUAGAAAUUUAAAGGUUGUACUCAUAUCUCUCUUUUGAAAAACUACAUUAUUUAGAAUUCAUAAGUUCUAUUAAAAAAAUGACGUUCUUCUCGAAAUUUUAUUCCUCCAACAAUGAGAAAAGUUGUAUGCUUCCAAAAAUCAUUUUUGAAAUUUGAGGUUGUGCCGUUGCGAAUCCCUGCCAGGAGACCACAUGGCCUGGGUCUUGGAGCUACGCCAAAAGUAACUCAAACGAAAAACGGGAAGAAAGGCGAAGAGGUGGAAAAAAGCUCUUUUUUCAAAAUUCAUUUCAUUUUUCAGGGCGCCUCGCUCGAAGUUAAGAAAGACAGUUUGGUGAAGAUCGUGGACGGACGCAGCAAAGGUCUUUACGGAAAGGUUUCGAAAUGAAACAGGAAGUUGAUCUUGGAAAUGAAGAUUUUUUCCAGGUUGAAGCCCGGGACGACGACGCAAACAGCUUGUUUGUAAGACUUGCGUUGGGAGGAAAAACGGUCAAAGUAGGAUUUUUAUAAAUUCCUUCUCUGUUCCUUUUUUGUUUUGAUUAAAUCCUCGAACUCUUCAAGGAAAGUUAUAAUUGGCCCUUUGAGGAAUUGAAUUUUUUUUUGAAUAUUUCUCAACGCAUCUUUCCAUUCACUUUCAUAAUUUUGAUCCCAACUCUCAAAUUUUCCGUUUUCAAAAGUUUUUUUUCCUAAAAAAAAAAAAAUUUACAAUGAAUGAACUGAAAAAGGCUAUUUUUUCGAAAUUUGAAGAUAUUCUUUCAAGAGGAUUUUCCAGGUCAGCGUCUAUUCGGCGAUGGCAGUCACCCAGAAAGAAUAUGAGCGUGACGCCAAGUGUAUAAGUGAGUUUGGAUCGAUAUUAACUCAGAAUAAUGUUUUGAAAUUUUUUUAUUCAAUAAAUUUCAGACAAAGAUUCUUACGAUCGCGAGAAAGAGAUUAUUGAGCGUCGUAACGAAAAAAAGCUUCGAACGGAGAAGAGACGAAAAAUGGCCGAGAUCGAGGCGAAAAAGAAAAAGAUUCUUCAAGGAGACAUGUAAGGGAAUUUUUUGCAACAAAGUCGCAUCGCUGUUAUCAAAUAAUCUUUUUGUAAAAUGUGUAUCUUUCAUUUUUUUAAAUCUUAUUACAUUUAAUUUUUUUCUACACAGUAUUUUUUUCUUUAUCCACAAUGAAUAUAUCAAAACGGCCCGUUGGAAAGAAAAGUUAUUGCUGUUAGAUUGAUCCAAAAAGUGUUUCCAAUUUGAAUCCAUGACUUGUCAACUUGCCAUCAAUUUUCAAGGGAAAAAUGAAUGUCCUUCUCUUUCUCCUUACUUUUAAUUGAAGUAAGAAUCGAUGAACCGAACGAUCAUUUCUAAACAUUGUAAUCAGAUCAGUAUACAGGACGAGAAUCGGUUAUGGGCGCGGUCCGAUCUUGUCGUCCGUUUCAUCGACAAAAGUUACAAGGGCGGCAAGUUGUACAACCAGAAACUCCGGGUCGUCGACGUCGCCGGCCGCAAAGACGUCACUCUGGAGGACGACUCCGGCAGGACCCAUUAUAGUCAGUGAAAAUGAUCUCAUUUUGUUAUAAUUUCGACGUUCUGAAGACCUUUUGUUCCAAGAAACUUUUAAAAAGUCGACACAGUAGAGUAUUUAAUUUAAUCGUACCCGAUUUGAAUUUGAUUUUCCCAGAAUAUUAUGGGAAAUUCCAAUAAUUCGCCUUUUUCACGUCCUCUUUGAAAUUUCUGUUGAAGAUUCAAAAUUAUUUGUUGUUACUUUUAAGGAAUUUUCUUUUUUACAGUUACUUUGACUUCGUUUAAAGAUGUAAUUUUAAAAAAAAUUGACAAAAAAAAACAGGAAAGACUUUGAGUGUAUCUAGAGACACCGAAGCUCAUUACCGAGAAUCUCCGAAUUCUCCUAAGACCAGAUGUUAAAAUAACCUUGACCCCUUACUACUUCACCACAGAAAUAGUUUUUUUUUUCUCUUUUGAACAUGAUCAUUUAUUGAUUGAUGUGUUUUUCAAGAUAUUCGGCAGUCAUGGAUUGAGACGGUGGUGCCGAGGAACGUCGGCGAUCCGCUGAUGAUCCUCUCAGGAAGUCGCAAAGGCCGGACGGCGAUUCUCGUAGAGAAGGACAAGCGGAAACAACGGGUCUAUGCUCAACUCCCUUCUUCCAAUGAGGUUUUUUUCAUUUCGUAACGUUCCUUUCAAAGAAUUUCACUUUUUUCUCUUUGAAAUUCCAAUCACAAUGACAUUUACCCAUCGAAUCCUUUGAAAAUGACAUCUUACUAGUCAAAAAAUGAAUCCAAGGUAAACUUCAUACUUUCUACUUUUUUCAGGUCUUGAAGCUGGACUUCGAAGACGUUUGCUUAUUCAGAGCCAAAGAGGAUGCAGAUUAUGACUAG